UCCAACUUAACCGUACACGGUUCACACAUUCCUAUAAAUAGUCCUCAUUUGUUUUCCCAAAAUUUUCUAUUUCACAGCCCUAAACGUCAUAUUUCGGAAUACAUUGGAGCGCUCAAUUCAGUUAGGGGAAUUCUUCCGUCGCUCAUGGGCUCUUCAAGUGAAGAGUAUGCUGCAUUUCGAGAGAAGGUGAGAAGGACGAUAUAUGUUGACAACAUGUCGCCAUUGGUUACUGAAUCCGUCGUUAAAGCUUCUUUCAAUCAGUUUGGUAAUGUGAGCAGUGUUCAGUUCAUUCCUACCUAUCUUGAACCGAAAACCAUGGCACGAGCUGCUUUAGUUGAGAUGGAAGACUCAAAACAGGCCAGAGACAUAAUUGCUGAUAUGGAAACUCACCCACUCAUGAUAUUGGGAAUGCCAAGGCCUGUCAGGGCACGUCCAGCUGAAAUAGAGAUGUUUGAUGAUCGUCCCAGAAAACCUGGAAGGAGAAUACAAUGCCGUUGGUUGGAGCCUAAAGAUCCCGAUUUUGAGGUAGCCCAGAAAAUUAAGCAAGUCGUGAAUAGACAUGCUGCAGAGGCUUCUUUCUUGCUUGAGCAACAACUGGCACAUGAAGCAAAACUUGCAAACCAGCAGGUUGAAACCUUAAAGGCGAACUAUAAGAAGUUUCGACUGAUAGAUGGCCUCAAUGAAGAUGGUGCUGUUAAAAGGUUGGCAGAGUUUUAUAAGAUGCCUGUUUCAGACCCUUGAUCGAUUUUCAUGACGGGUUAACUAGCUCGACCUUAGAUACGUUAAUUGGUCGGUGUAAAACUUCGUGUUUCUUUCCCUUUUCUCCCCUUACUGGGUCGUGCUGUAGAGAAGGUUGCUGUAAAGUUUACUUCUACCUGUUAUGAAUCUUUUCCAUUUGAAUGCUAUAAACAUGAAUGGGCGUAGUAUGUGCA